CAGAAAUACAGAGGUCCUGUGUGCAUGAGAGAAGUUGUAUGAACUGGGAGCACAAGGUGCCGUUUCUUAUUACGGAUUUAGCAGGCUGUUGGACUCUAUGCGCUGUUGUUCUGCCGGGAAGGAUAAGAUAGGCUUUUGCUAUGAGGUGGAUGUACAUAAAGUGAAGUGUGAUUUUUGGUUGAUGAACAUUUGACAUUCUGCAGCGGAAUAAAGUAGAUACAAAGGAUCGCCGUAGACUCCUUUUUGUCGCAGAUUGACCAGCCGUUUGGAUUAGCCAACAGACAGGCUACCAUUCCUUGCAAAAUUCGUUCACCGGGAUAUAUUACUGAUGUGUGCGAUGUGGGGGGUGCAAGUGGUCUUUUGCACGUUCUCCGUGCUGUCCUUUUCAUUUGGAGGUGAUAGCAAAGCACGGAGCUGCAGUGAGGUUAGACAAGCAUACACCGCGAAAGGGUUCAGUCUUGUCAAUGUUCCCCACCAAGAAAUAUCAGGUGAACACCUGCGAGUGUGUCCCCAGGAGUACACCUGCUGCACAUCUGAGAUGGAGGACAAACUCGGCCAACAGAGCAAGCUGGAGUUUGAGAACUUAGUGGAGGAGACGAGCCACACACUGAGGACGACCUUCGUCUCAAGACAUAAAAAAUUUGACGAGUUUUUCCUGGAGCUGUUGGACAACUCGGAGAAGUCCCUCAAUGACAUGUUCACGCGAACGUACGGGAAGCUCUAUAUGCAGAACUCCGAGGUGUUCCAGGACCUUUUCACAGAGCUCAAACGCUACUACACUGGAGGGAACGUCAACCUGGAAGAGAUGCUCAACGACUUUUGGUCUCGCCUGCUGGAGCGCAUGUUCCAGCUGCUCAACUCCCAGUACCACUUCUCAGACGACUACCUGGAGUGCAUCAGCAAAUACACAGACCAGCUCAAGCCCUUCGGAGACGUCCCCAGGAAGCUCAAGGCCCAGGUCACCAGGGCCUUCAUAGCUGCCCGGACCUUUGUCCAGGGCCUCAUGGUGGGCCGUGAGGUGGCUAACAGGGUAGCCAAGGUAAAUGUUGCCUCCGCCUGCAUCCGGGCAUUGACCAAGAUGCUGUACUGCCCGUACUGUGGAGGCAUGCCUGGGUUGAAGCCCUGCCACAACUACUGCCAUAAUGUGAUGAGGGGCUGUCUGGCCAACCAGGCCGACCUGGACUCUGAAUGGAACCUGUUCAUAAAUGCCAUGUUGUUGGUAGCAGACAGGCUGGAGGGACCCUUUAACAUUGAGGCGGUCAUGGAGCCAAUCGAUCUCAAGAUCUCAGAGGCCAUCAUGACCAUGCAAGAUAACAGCAUGCAGGUUUCAGCCAAGGUUUUCCAAGGAUGCGGUCAGCCGAAACCUUCCGGAAUGGGCAGGUCUGCCCGUGGCAUCUCAGACGUGUUCAAUGCCCGCUUCAGACCCUACAGUCCUGAGGAGAGGCCCACCACAGCUGCAGGCACCAGCCUGGACAGACUGAGGAUAGUGUGGAGGACAAUGCAACACAGCGUCAUUGACAUCAAAGAGAAGCUGGAGAAGUCAAAGAAGUUCUGGUCCAACUUGCCAGAUGACAUUUGUAAGAAGGACAAGGUGACAGAGUCAGACGAGGACCAGUGCUGGAACAGUCAUGCCAAGGCCAGGUACUUUCCUGAGGUGGUGAAGGAGGGCCUGACCAACCAGCUGAACAAUCCAGAGGUGGAGGUGGACAUCACCCGCCCAGACACGCUCAUCCGUCAGCAGAUCAUGGCCCUCCGAGUGAUGACCAACAAGCUCAAGAAUGCCUACAACGGCUUCGACAUCUACUUUCAGGACUCCAGUGACGAGGGCAGUGGUUCGGGCAGUGGGAGCGGGUGCACGGACGGCUGCACAACAGAGUUUGUCUUCGUGGGCACGGAGGCGCCCGUGGUGGGGGCAGACAGGAGUGAUGAACGAGCCGCAGCAGCGGGCAGAGGACAGAGCCACGGACCGUCCCCGCUGCUUCUAGCAGCUUCCCUCGCCCUCACACUUCUGGCAUGGCACAGGCAAUGGAGAUAAUACUGUACCUGCAUGUGGCCAUCAGGGACCUGCUGUCUCCUAAACACGUAGGACAUUAAGUUCUCCUGUUGUGAGAGUUUCCUAACCGGACAGGACUAUUACUGUAGAACAUUUGGAAGACCCAACGAGAACUGAGGCGGUGGAAUCGAGAGGGAGCGCAGUGCUGCAUCCUUGCUUGUCCCCCAAAGAAUGCUUGGUGCCGUCACUAAAGCAAGCUUUCACUUCUCUCAGAAAAAAAAAAUCGAAUAGGCUUUCUCCUCCUUUCCAGAACUCUUCUGAACCAUGCUUUUCCCUUUUGAGAACGUGGAGCACGUUGAAGGUGUUUUAACAGAUUUACUAAUAAGUGAAUACAUAAACAUUUCCUUUUAACCCCAGGCAAGGUUAUGAAACUCCUAAAAGUAAACAUUCUAAGAAUCAUUUUGUUUCCAAAAUCCUCCCACAGGACAAAAAGAUUAUGUUUCACUGUGAGCAUGCAUGGCAAGGUCAUAAGUGAGAACUAAGAGAUAGCUUAUUUCAGCUGUUGUUUGCCUGCAAGCUUUUCAGUACCUGGAUUAUGGUGCAAGCAGUCUGGUGCAGGGCUACAGUUAUGUUGUUUUUGGCAUUAGGAAGCAGUAUUUUUCUCACAGACUCUCUCUAAUUGCACAUCUGAUACACUAAUGAAGUACCAAUGUCUUACUAAAAGAACUAAUUUUGCACAGAUUUUUAGUUAGUUCCAGUUGUUUAAAAACGGCAGGCAACAUCAAUCCCAUAGAGAGAAGAGAAUCUAUUUAUAUUUCCAGAUCAUUUACAUGUAAAUGUUUUGUACCUGUAACCAAUUAUCUAUUUCACGAGAGGUGUUGUAUGGUAUUAUAUAAUUUUGCUAAUGGCUACCUUUUUGUUCCUUUCAAGUGUGAGUGUUUUUGGUCAAACAUGUUCAUGUAUGAUUAUAAAGGUGAACAAAUAUUUAUCACAAUUAAGGCGUGGUUUUAUAAUUGCAGACAAUUUACACAGUGUUUGACAUAUGCAUCUCAGCGAUCAUCUCUCAGCUCAUAUUUGAGAGAACAGUACAAUCCUGUGCAAUGUUGUUUUUAUGGUCUUAGUCUAAUUGGAGUUGGAAAGAUUGAUCAUAAAUUGCAGUAGGUAAAAACCAAGAGUGUAAAAAGCAAGAAUACAUUACAUUUUUAUUACGUUCAUUUUUUUUAUCAUAAGCUUGACUUGUAUAUUUUAGCUAAUAAUUUUAUAAUAAUAAUUAAUUUUAAGUUCGGUAUAUAUGUUCACAUGGGGCAUUUGUUAACCUUUUAGCCUUCAAGCAUUCUUUUUUACACUUAACUCUUUGUUUUACAGGUACAUAAGGCCUACAGUACUGCAGAAUUAGCUAAUAUACCUUGCUUGAUUUGUACAAAAGAAUACACAAAAUGUGUCUCUAACUAUGCUAGAUGGAACUGCCGAGUGUAAGCAGCAUAUAUCCUCAAGAAAAUCUCUUGCGAAGUUUACAAAUCAUUGAGAAUGCCCUUUCAAAAAUGACAAAUGUGACAAAUUUGCUGGAAAUGACUGUAUGUGGAGCUUUUGAGGCAAAGAAAUAUGUCACUGCCACAACUUUGCUGGCGUUCACCAGCAUUGUAGUGGUCAAAGUCACUUUUUACUAAUUUACACUUCCCACAAGUUUUUACCAGAUAUUCACCAGAAUAGUUUGACUAGAUUUAAGCACCUGAAGUUCACUACACAACUUAUUUGCAUAUGAUAUUCUGCAAAUGUGCUGCAACCAGUUUGCCAUAAACCUAUUUUUGGUAAGGAUCUCGCUUACCUUGCCUCACCUUCAUUUGCCAAAGGGCAACUAGAAUGUAUCAGUUGCACUUUUGGCUAAGUUUUAGUAUUGAUUGAGAGGAUUAGGGUUAGGGUUAAUCAUUAAGCCUUAAUGAAAACACAAUUUCAUUUGUGGCCAUAAUUAUUUCAUGUCUGACUCUAAAACUAUGGUCAAAAGCUGUAUCUCAACUGAAUAAUCAUUCUGAAAACAAUCCUAAAAGACAUUACCAGGUUAUUCUAAAGGAGUUCUAGGCUAUUCAGAGUGUGGGCAGUAAGUGACAAUUGGUGAUGUUGGCUUCAAUAGAAAGACAAGAGAGAUUUCUGGAUGCUUUCAGAUGACAGUGUUCUCAUGCCUGGGCACUCCUUCCCCUUCAGCUCGACUCACAGACUACUGUGGCGUCUUUAGAAAUCAGAAACUCAGGAGGCAGGGAAAUCCGCUGCAGAAAAGGUUGAAUGCGCCCCUGAGAGCCUUUCCACCGAACUGUGAGAGCAGUCACUGUGAAGAAGAGGGUCUUGAAUUUCGUGAAUUUCUGAAGGGGGACGGUAGAGGAGGUGGCUUCUCUUCUUCAAAUGACAAAACAGAAACUGAAUUAAAAAAAGAAGUCUUAUCUUGAGUGGUGGGUCUUGUGUCCCUAAAGAGCUUUAUCACCACAAAUAUCACAAAGGUCCUCUUAGUUGGAGAACCAGGUUUUUUUCUUAACCCUCAACAACCUCUGCCUUUCCUCCCUUUCCCUGUUGAGGUCAGAGACAUUUCCAUCUGAAUUGUCACUUUUGAAACUUGCUCUAUGGCUGUUUUCAUUUUUUUGCUUUUUAUUUUUGUCUGAAUGUACUGUAUGGCUUUGCAAAAAUUAAUAGAUUCAUAAGAUUGAAAUCCAUUGGAGGCCCGAUAUUAUGACUUUGCUUCAACAAAUGGUUCUUAAAGAAAUGUGUCAUGCAAAGUCAUUUUUUCCUUUUAAUUUCCAGAUCUUUUGCUGCACUUUUAUUAUACUGUUUGUUCCACAAAGAAAUGUUCAGUCUUGUUAAGAAGAAAGCCAUGUCAUGUGCAUUCUGAUUUGGCACAACAUUUUAAACUAAGUGAGGAGCACAUGAAGGAAUUGCCAGAGUGCACUGUUAUCAGCUGAUCAGGAUGAAAUUGAUGAUCGUACAAGCAGACAUGCCUUACCAUUUUUUUAAGGACUAAAAUGGAUUGCAUAUUUGGGUUUUGUUACUCGUUGUUCUAUACAAAAAAAAUGAAGGGUGCAAAUAAACAUUUUAUUAGAAAAAUAGCUGACUACUGGUGAAUUAAUCUG